CAUACACAACAUUGUUUGAAGUAUGACCUCAUUGCAUAGUCUCAAUCUCAAUAUACAUGAUCGUAGGUGUGCUGGGAAAGAAUGAGGGUGAGAAGUUAAUCUGAGAACUACUAGAAACAAGCCAGAAGUAAGCAAAGUUCGUAACAAUGGCAGAAGCAACAAAGAGGUAUGCAGUUGUCACAGGGGCUAAUAAAGGGGUUGGAUUUGGCACAGUUAAGCAGUUGGCUUCAAAUGGGGUCACUGUGGUGUUAGCUGCUAGAGAUGAGAAGAGGGGUCUUGAAGCCGUUGAAAAGUUAAAAGAGUUUGGCCUCUCCGACCUCGUGGUGUUUCAUCAGCUUGAUGUAGCAGACUCCAUUAGCAUUGCUUCCUUUGCAGAUUUUGUCAAAACCCAAUUCGGGAAACUUGAUAUCUUGGUAAACAAUGCAGCAAUUAAUGGAAGCACAGUAACGGCUGAAGCUUUUAAAUCAGCUGCAAGUGGUAAGAAGGCUGAAGAAAUCGAUUGGAGUGCAAUACCGACAACACCAAACUACGAGUUAGCAGAGGAAUGCUUGAAAACAAACUACUAUGGUACAAAAAGUGUGACUGCAGCACUUUUGCCCCUCCUCGGGCUAUCCGAUUCACCAAGAAUCGUUAAUGUUUCUUCAGUACUUUCUAAGCUAACGAAUUUUCCAAAUGCAUGGGCUAAGGAGGUACUAAGUGAUGCUGAGAGCCUUACAGAAGACAGAAUAGAUGCUGUGGUUAGUGGGUUUUUGGAAGACUUUAAACAAGGCUCUCUAGAUUCCAAAAGCUGGCCUCCUAUCUUUCCACCCUAUUCAGUCUCAAAAGCAGCCGUGAAUGCGUACACUAGGAUUCUGGCCAACAAGUAUCCAAGUUUCUACAUCAAUGCUGUCAGCCCUGGAUUUGUCAAAACAGAUUUGAGCUUCAAUACCGGCAUCUUAACCAUCGACGAAGGUGCUGAAAGCCUCGUCAGGUUGGCGCUGCUCCCCAAUGGUGGUCCUACCGGCCAUUACUUUAGCCGAAAAGAAGUGACUCUUUUUUGAAAUUUCAUAGAUGAUAACAGAGGCCCUUCAUAUGUUUCAUGAAGAAUGAUCAUCAAUAGCUUAUGUACAAUGUAACAUAUGAAGUUGAAUGACUUGAAAUUUUUUGUUUCUUUUUUGGCAUACUCAUAAGGAAAUCAAGUUUCCACUAGUUGUUAA